UGCGUCCCGGCGUCGUCGCCCACGUACGCUGUUGGCAAGUUACCGCCUCGUUUCAGUAUUCGUCCAGCUCUAAGAACGAAAGGAUCUGUCCGAGCGUCUAUUAAAAACUGCCCCAACCCGGCUGAUAUUAACUCGACAUAUAAACCUAAUAACAUUAUAAAAAAACAAAUUCAUAAUGUCACUCGCUGAAUUUUAUGGAAAGAAAUACAAGCUCGCGAGCAGCGAUAAAUUCGACGAGAUGAUGAAGGCUCUCGGCGUUGGUCUGGUGACCCGGAAAAUGGGAGCGAGUGUGAGUCCCACGGUCGAGCUGACGGAAAACGACGGUGUCUACACCUUGAAAACCCUCAGCACCUUUAAAAAUUCCGAAAUUAAAUUCAAACUCGGUGAAGAAUUCGACGAGGAGACGCCCGACGGCCGCACAGUAAAGAGCACCGUCACCAUUGACGGCAACAAAAUGAUUCACGUGCAAAAGGGCGACAAGGAGACGCUGAUCGAGCGAGAAUACGGUCCCACGGAAAUGAAGGCUACGAUGAAAGUCGACGACAUCGUCUGCACCAGGAUUUACAAGCUGCAAGAAUAAACACGUUCCGAACGUUCACGAGGAAUAAAAUCUCCCACGAAGCUAUCUUCAUGAACACGCACACUUUAUUAUCUUUAUAAACUACUGAAAGUCCACCCCAGUUACACUAUAUAAUUUCAAGGAUUCCUAAUGACAAUUGAAACCGCUCGAUCUAAUCGGGCUACGAUAUAUCAACACUUUUCACGCAACGUCGAUCGUUAUUCGUGUCCUCAAAGAGAAUAACUAUUCUUUUUCUAUGUUUGACGAAUAAAUACUUUGAUAAAAA